AUGUCGAACCACUCCCUCGAGAGCAAGAAGGACACCCAUGAGCUCGAGUACCGCGGCGUGCUGGACGCCGACGUCGCGGGCCACGAGUCGGCAGGCAUCGGCGGCCUGUUCCGCAACCCCAAGAUCCUCGGCAUCUCGGCGCUCGCGACCCUCGGCGGCUUCCUGUUCGGCUACGACCAAGGCGUGGUGGGCAACGUCCUCGCGCUGCAGCGCUUCGGCGCCGACUUUCCGCGCGUCUACAUGAGCGCGAGCAUCAAGGGGUGGUUCGUGUCCACCCUCCUCCUUGGCGCAUGGCUCGGAAGCUUGAUCUCCGGCCCCGUGUGCGACCGCCUCGGGAGGAAGCGGCUCAUCAUGUACAACACGGUCUUGUUCCUUCUCGGUUCGGCACUGCAGACUGGAGCUGUGAGCGAAGGCUACCUCUUUGGCGGGCGCUUCGUUGCCGGUCUGUCGGUCGGCUCGCUCACCCACGUCGUGCCAAUGUACCUUGCCGAGCUGGCGCCGGCCAACCUCCGCGGCGGCCUCGUCGCCCUCCAGCAGCUCAGCAUCACCCUGGGCAUCCUCUUCUCCUACUGGAUCGCGUACGGCACCUCGCACAUCGGCGGCGUGCGCUGCUCCGACCUGCCCUACACUGGGCCUCUGUCCAAUGGCGAGCCCACUUUCGACGCGUACCACGAUGUCCCGGCAGGAGGCUGCACCGGGCAGAAGGACAUGGCGUGGCGCAUCCCCGUCGGCAUCCAGAUGCUGCCCGCCGUCAUCCUCGGCGUCGGCAUGUUCUUCAUGCCAUACUCGCCCCGCUGGCUCGUCGAAGUGGGGCGCGACGAUGAAGCCCACUCCACGCUCGCAUGGCUCCGCUCCCUUCCGCCCACUGCGCCGUCCGUGAUGCGCGAGUUUGUCGAGAUCAAGGCCGAGAUCAUGACCGUGCGCGAGAUCCGUGCUGCGCACAAUCGUGGCAAGUCGGGCUUUUCAGCUUUCGUGCAGCCCUACGUCGAGCUGUUCUCGUCCAAGGCCAACUUCCACCGCCUUGCCAUGGGCUGCCUCACCAUGUUCUACCAGCAGUUUAUCGGGUGCAACGCCAUCAUCUACUACGCUCCCACCAUCUUCGCCCAGCUCGGCCUCGACCCCAACACCACGUCCCUCCUCGCAACCGGCGUGUACGGCAUCACCAACACGCUCUUCACCCUCCCCGCCGUGUUCCUGCUUGACCGCGUUGGGCGGCGCACCCUCCUCAUGUGGGGCGCCGUUGGGUGUGGCAUCAGCCUCAUCAUGGUCGGCAGCCUGAUUGCCGCGUUCGGACACGACUGGCCCCACCACCGCGCGGCAGGCAACGCGGCCAUCUUCUUCGUCUACUUCUACGACGUGCACUUUUCGUACUCGUGGGCACCGAUCGGAUGGGUCCUCCCGUCCGAAAUCUUCAACCUCGCGACCCGCUCCACCGGUGUGUCGAUCACCACAUCGACGACGUGGAUGGCAAACUUCAUCAUUGGCGUGGUAUCGCCCCUCAUGCUCGAGAACUUAGCUCAUGGGGGUACGUAUUUCUUUUUCACGGCGUUCGCGAUUCUCGGGUUCUUGACGACCUACUUCUUCCUGCCCGAGACGCGCCUCAAGACGCUCGAGGAGAUGGACGAGCUGUUUGGCGCCAAGACGUCCAUCGAGGACAAGGAAAUUGCCGCCCGCACAUGGAAGGAUGUCGAGGACGCCGAGCUCCGUAAGGUUGCGCCGUCCGUGUGAGAUGGCGUCGAGGAAGGAUGGAAGGUUCAGGGAAGCGAGAAGCGGUUGUGCGACUGUAGUGUGUUCGCUUCGAUGGAUGAUAUGCAAGUG